ACUAAGGCAGUUCCAAUUCAUCGAAUAGUACAGCAUGAGAAGAAUAAAUUUUCAAAAUGUGAAUAUUUUAAACAAUCGUGCGAACAUGCUCUCGGGGAAUUUGUUUCUUGUAGCAGCCGAUGGUUUGCGGUUUCCAUUACCGUGGCGCAUACAUAGCGCCGUCUGGUUAAUUCAGCUGAUUUACACGAUCGCGUUGCUCACUGGAAUAAUCGUGACACCAAAAGAAAAAGCCUUGAAAGACGGUACUGUUGCCGUUGUCGUCAGCAUCGAAUCGUGUUUUUUGCUCACGCGUAUUUACGUAAACAAAAAAUUAAUGCUAUCACUGAUCCAAAAAAUGGACGAUCUCUUGCAAACUACGGAUGACAUUAUGGAGGAUAUUGUGAAGACUACUCUGAAACCAAUAAUAAUGCCGUUCGUAAUUUAUGGAGCAGCUGGUAUAAUAUCUAUUACUAUAUGGACGUCACAACCGAUUUUAUUGGCUUUCGAGAAGAGUACUUUUUUUUAUGUAGAUUAUAACUUACCAGCCGCUUUUAGCCCCGAACCGUUCUCAAUAGGUGUCCUGAUUUUUUCAAUUGUCUUUAUGACAAUUGCCAGUGUGUAUAGCUUUUUGAAGAAAUACAGCGUGGACAUAUACAUGAUACACCUGGUGUUGAUGUUAACUGCACAAUAUCGAUAUAUAGCGAUAAAAUUAUCAUUAUUAUUUCAAAAUUCAAAAAAUCGCAACGAAUCUCGAAAAGGACAUCAUUCGAUGACAGAUCGAUGGGCAAAAAAAGAGCUAAGAGCGUUAUGUCGGCAUCAAAAUACUGUUUUACAGUACGAUUUUUUAUUAAGAAAACUUCUGUCUGUAAACUUCAGUCUAUUAUAUAUCAACAGCGUCUUUCGGUUUUGUUUUAUAGGUAUUCUAAUGAGUUCAGUGAGUAUCGAUAACAAAACAUUAAAACUCGAAGAAGAAUAA